AUGGCAAAGCUACCUGUUGCCGGUAACAACAGCACCUUCGACCACCUUGAGACUUGGAUCUUGAGAGUUUACAUCCAUUGCGAAGGAUGCAAGAAGAAAGUCUUCAAAGUCCUUCAGAGUAUCGAUGGAGUUUAUAAGACCGAAAUCGAUUCACUCCAGCACAAGGCUAUAGUUACUGGAUCCGUCGACGGCAAUACUCUCGUCCAGAAGCUUCUAAAAUCUGGUAAGCACGCGGAGGUGCUGCCGGAGAGUUUUGAAGCUAGGGCGGCUGCAGAUAGUGCGCCCGGAAAGUCGAAGAAGAAGAAGAACAAACAGAACAAACAGAAGGAGGACGAAACAACACAUGCUGAUAACCAACAUGCGGACGAAGAAAAAGAGGAAUCGGAAGCGGCGACGACUGAAGGAAACAAUGGCGCAAAAGAACAGGAAAUAGCCCAGGCGGGUGUCGCCGCCGGUGAUAGUAACGGUGGUGGUGGAAAGAAGAAAAACAAGAAAAAGAAAGGUAAAGUUGAUAAAAAGGACAAUAACGCACCACCAAACAGUGAUACCCAAGUCCUACCUGCGGGCAAUGCACCAGAGAUAAUGGCAGAAAAUGUAGGGGCCUCCAUGGAGCUGUUAAAUCUCAGCCGUCCGGGGGUAUACGCGACGCCGUACGAUCUACCCGCAUAUCAGAACUACUACCCCACUCCGGCGUACGGGGUAAGUUACAGUACAUCUUACCCUAGUGCUGAAUCAUCAUACUAUACCCCACCGGUGUAUGGAUACGCCCAAUCACAUCCAACAUCCGUCUAUUAUCCACCACCACCACCACCUCCACCGGCGUAUUAUCCUAGAAGCGCGUUUGAUGAUCAUGAUGACGAAAAUAAUGGGCAGGGGAGGGGUUGCAUUAUCAUGUGACGCAAGAAUCAUUCAGUUACAAUCCUUGACAAAAAGUGAACUAUGUAAUAUAAGUUUGUUGGACAUAUAUAAAAGUUAUAUAUCAUAGUUUGAGUUACUAAAUGUGAUUAAUUAUAAAUAUGGUCUUAAAGUAGCGUUGUAUGGAUUUUGUAAAGUAUAGUCGCUGCUGUAACUUGUAAAUAAUCAGUUGAAAUAUAAUAUAACAAACUAUAUAAAAUAGCGCCCUAGUUUUAUU